AUUUUAAUGGGAUAAUCUUCAUCUUCAUCUUCAUAACCAAAAAAUGAGUCAUAAGAAUCAUAAAAAAGCACUUAAGCAGCUCUAGAUUAUUGGGCCAAAAAGUAGGAAUAAGCUUAUUAGUAAAUUGGAUCUGAAAAGAAUGAUGAAUAAUUAAUUAAUGUUUAGGAAACAUCUAGUUUAUUAUAACAUGAACAAUAAUAGCAACAAUAAUAAUAAUAGAUUAAUUAAGUAGAUUAAAUUAAAGAAUAAUAGAUGAUUGAUUAAAGUAGUUCCUAGUAAAUCAUAAAAUAAGAAAUAAUAUAAUAACAAAUAUAAGAUGAAUAUAUUGAUUAAAAUAUUGAAAAUCAAAUAAAUGAGCCCUGCAAUGAAUUUAUUCAAUUAAGUUAAGAAGAAAUAGAACAUAUUUGGCUUUCAAAGAUAUUUAAAAUUGAUGCAAAAAAUUAGGUUAUUAACAACUAAAAGGUUGACUUUAUUUCUUAAGAUUAAUGUAUAUCUAUUCAAUAUAUUAUCGAUGAAUUAUGCUAUACAUUUUUAACAUGUUCAUAAUUUAGAGAAUCAGAGAAAUUCGAAUUUCUAAUAGAAGUUCUUAUAAAUCUGGGAGAAGUACAAAUCUAAGAAUAAUUUAUUAAAUUAGAUGAAGGUAUUAUUGAAAAAAGAAAAUAUGAUGAGAUUUUACAUUAUUUAUAAGGAUAAUUAAUAACUUGUAUUUUAUAUCCAGAAGGUUUAGAGUGGGAUAAGUUUGAUGAAGAUCCAAAUAGAGUGGAUGAUUAUAGGAAUUAAAGAGCCACUGUUUUUUAUAAUAGAAUAUUUAGUUCUAAUUUACAACUAGAUUAUUCAGGAGUUAUAUAAAAUUUAUUAGAUUAUAUUAAUACUAAAGUUAGUUCUGAUGAUAUUCAAAAAUUUUUGGAUUUAAUGUUUAAAAGAGAAUUUAAAGAUCUGAGUAAUUGGUCUCUUGAUUUAUUAGAAUAAUCAUCAUAAACUCUUAAGUUAUUAUUAUUGAUUGCAAAUUACCCAAAUAUUAUGGAGAUUAUUUUAAUGAACAGUUGGGCUUUUGGAAAAUUUAAAUUAAUGUAAUCUGGAUAACAAUUCUAAAAUAAUUGUAUUAUUGGAAAGAUGUUAAGUGGUAGUUUGUUUUAUACUGAUUCUUUAAUUGCUAAAAAUAAGUUUUUAGGUGAUUACAAUUCUAUGAAAAUAAUGAGAGAUCAAUAUAGAAGAAAAAUAUUCAGUUUAAAUGAUGAAAUAUGUAAAUUAUUUACAAAAAUAUUGAGCCAUAAAUCUAAUGUUCUUAAAAUGAUGUUUUAUAAUUUUAUUUCUAAUAUUAUUGCUUUGAAUCUUAAUUUAGAAAAAAUAUUAAAUUAAGGAUUGAUGUAAUAAUGUUGCACUCCUGGAAUGGUAUUUAAUUUACAUUAUGUAUUACUUAAAAUGUUUAAUCCUUGGAUUGAUGAUUAAGGUAAAAUAGAUUUAAGGAUUAAAAACAUUUAAUUAUAAAUGUUUCUUAUUUUAAAGGAUCAUCCUUUAUUUUCAACAAUAUAUUAAAAUAUUGAUUUACUUGCACCUGAUUUAACACCAGCAUAAGAACUUUUAGAACUUGAAACAAAAGUGGAUCCUAUGACAACUAUGUUUUUGUUAACUUAAAGAAUAAAUCAUAUUAUUUCUACAAUUAUUGAUUAAUUUUAUUAUAAUAGAAUCUUAACUAAAAUGAGUGAUAUUGCCUAAUAAUAUGGUCAAAAGUCUACUUAAUUUUAAGAAAUUUUAUAAUUGAAAUUAUCAUUUGAUACAUAAAUUUUGGAUCCUAAAACAAUAACAUAUACAAUGCAAUUUUUAAGUUUUUCAAGUCAACUUGCUAUGAGUAUGAUUGAUGAAAAUAAUAAACCCAAAUAUCCUUAUGGUUUAUUACCUUCUAGUUUUGUUAAUGAUAUUCAUUCAUUCUUUAAUACUUACAAAUAUAAUGAUGAAAUUCUUAAACAACCUUAUGAAUUUGAAAAAUGUUGUGAGUUUGCUAUUUUUGCUAUGGAUACUCGAAAUAUUACAAAUCCACAUUUAAGAAUAAAGGGAAUAGAAGUUUUCCAUAUUAUUGAUUAGGGUAAAAUGAAUAAAAGAGGUAUUGUUCAAACUUAAUCUUUUGAUUUUAUAUUUAGAAACAAUGAGAUAAUUGAAAAACAUAUGAUUAGUGGAUUACUUAAGGUAUUCAUAGAUUGUGAAAGAACAGGUGAGGGUAAUUAAUUUUAUGAAAAGUUUAAUUUUAGAUACAGAUUUUGUAAAUUAAUUAGAUUUUUACUUGAAAAACAUAAAGAUAGAUAUAAUCUAUUAUUAUCUUAAACUGUUGAAAAAGAAAAAGAAAUGUUUUUGGCAUUUGCUAAUUAUUAUUUAAAUGAUAUGAUUUUCUUAUUAGAUGAAUGUCUUACUAAGAUCAAGAAAAUGAAAAGUUUAGAAUCAUAAUAAAGAGAUAUGGAAUAAUAAUAAGAUUAUUUCAAACUUUAAUAAGAAUUAAAAACAUUAUCUAUAUUUUUAUAAGAAUAUUAUAAUAAUAUUUAAGUUUUUAGUGAAGUUUAACCUGAAGCAUUUUUGACUGAUGAAAUUAGAGAUAAAUUAGCAAAUAAUUUAAAUUACACCUUAGAACAAUUAAAUGGAAAAUAAGCUGCUCAAUAUAAAAUAUAAUCAUUAGGAUCUGUAAAUUUUGAUCCGAAAUUAAUUAUGGGAAAUGUGAUAGAAUUAUACCUAAAUUUCAGUUCUAAUGAUUAAUUUUUAAUGUAAGUAGUUAAGGAUGAUAGGUGAGAAUAUAUUAAUUAUCAUAGGUGUUUUUCUAUUGAAUUAUUUUAAGUGACCAUCAAUUUAUUAGACAAACAUUAAAUAAUUCCAUAUCAAAGAAUAUAAUUGUUUAGAGAGUUAAUAUUUAAACUUCAAGAAUAUGAAGAGAAAAUUAUAAAUUAAUUACCAGAUGAUGUUCCUGACGAAUUUUUGGAUCCCUUAUGUUAUUCUUUAAUGACAGAUCCAGUUAAAUUACCACAUUCUAAUGUAAUUAUAAAUUAUAGUAAAUUAGGUAAUUGUAGAUAGAUUGACAAUAAAAAAGUAACUAUUAAAUUAAUAGAUUGAUCCAUUUGAUAGAACUCCAUUAACAAUUGAGAUGGUUAUUGAAUAACCUGAAUUGAAAUAGAGAAUUGCAAAAUUUAUUGAGAAUUCAGAGAAAAAGAAAACCAAACAAUAAAUAAAAAUUGUAUAAGAAGAAAAUUGA